AUGCCUCCGUCCACCACCAUCAAGGUGCUACGAAAGGUCUUUGCCAUGCCUGCUCCAGCAGCUCGUUUGAUAUUAAACGACGUUACUCGAGCAAGAAAGGAACAUAAGCCUUGGAUCAAGAAGGUGACGUGGAAUUUGGAGUGGAAAGGUUGUUGGAUCGGUGAAGACGUCAGUGGUCUCGAUGAAGGCAGCAUAAGACAAAGGAUCGACGAAUCCAAUGUGGUGCUUUUCAACGUCCAUGGUGGAGGUUUCCGUCUUGGUACCCCAACCAUGUAUAUGGAUGCUUAUAUCUCAUGGAUUAAAACCCUGAAGCUCAAGUAUGGACUGAAUGCCAUCAUCAUGUCUGUUGACUAUCGAUUGGCGCCCGAACACCGCUAUCCCUCACCGGUAGAGGACAUUGUCCGAGCCUAUGAAUAUCUUACACGCCAUUUAAAUGUCGAGCCUCACAAAAUUGUCACCAUUGGUGAUAGCGCUGGUGCUGCUCUCAUUUUGGAAAUGCUAUUCAUCACACAUGAUCCCAGCAUGUUCGAAAUUGUCACUGAGGACACCGACGACGAUAACUCCACUCAACCUGUACUUGAAGAACUGCCCCGACCUGCAGGUUCAGUCAUGAUUUCCCCUCUCGUGACCGAUGAGACUACUUCGGAGUCCUGGAAAGAAAACGUCAAAUAUGACUUUGUAUCACAGUACACAGCCAAAGUCAUCAAGAAAGACUACUUUGAGCCAUUGGAUCCUGAUACGCCACCCGAUGCCAUUCGCGUUCUUGGUAUCGCCAAAUUAACCACGGGUUUCCAAGCCUUCCUACCAAAACAUGUUCUGUUCUAUGUUGGUGAUAAGGAAGUGCUUCGAGAUGAUGCUCUUGAUGUGGCCAAUAAGGCUAGAGACGACGGCGUGGAUGUUGAAACCGUCAUGGAGGACUGUGUGCACGAUUGGUUCUGUGUACGUGAAGUCGUCAAGGACAAGAAGAUCCUCGAGCGUGCUGAUGACAAAUUGGCCGACUUUGUUGAAUUGAGUCUUCGUGACGCCAAGGAGGCGCAUGAUGCCACUGUCAAGCACACUUCUUCUUACGAUCAAGGACUUGAAGCUGUUUUAGAAGUCGAUGAGGACAUCCCAGAGAUGUCACUGGAGACCAAAGCUACCAAUGGCUCCAAUGGGCAGCAAAACAUGGCGCUCGCAGCAUAA